GUCACCGCGAUGUUACGUAAUGCCUCAUUCGCGGCGAUCCUCUUACUUGGAUCAGUCGAAAGCAGAUCCUCGCCUCGCCUUCGCUAUACGCGUCCGUGCGGCCGCGCCGACCGCCACUACCGUUAUCGCGCGCGAUAAUAUCCGCAUAUUUUCGAAGAUUUGUGGCCGGCGCGGAUAGACGUGUUGCCGAUCGGCGAAGGAGAGAGGAAUUUUCGGCUCGAUUAACGUAACGCGAACGGGGUCGGCGCACCAGCGAGUGGCACGCGAAGUGAAAUAUAAAAAACCCCCUCGCUCUACACGAAAGCGUGAUAGACCCGCCUUUGAUUAAUUAUAAUCGAUUUUUUAUUACUUAAUCCAAGUGACUAAUUUACAAGUAACUAACGCCUUUUCCUUGAUUUCGACGCUCUAAGAAUAAAAGCACACGCAUACGCGCGCACGUUUCACGUUCCGCAAUGGUACCCGAGAUCAUAAACGUGAGCGCAGAUGAGCGCGGCGAUGCACAGCGGCAUACUUUAAGAUCCCCUUCCUGUCGAAACGCCAGGAGAUAGAGGCCUCUAAAAGAAUAGAGAAGAAGAGCGGCGAGAAAAGGAACUGGCGGCCAACUGGGAGGGAAGCUAUGUGCGCAAUUUAACGGGGAUUACGACCUUAGCCACUUAAGAAGUCGCGGUAGUAAUCGGCGGUCUUCGAACGGGCCCCCUCAAGAGCGGGCCUCGAGCGGGCCUCGCGCGCCUUGGACGGGCCCCUUGAGCGGGUCUUAAUCGAACCACGAGCCCCGGACGAGCUAGGCGGCCUAGCGUACCCGAUCCAGCGUGAGCCAGUCCCGACGUAGAGCGCGGACGACUAAGGCUAAUCCUAAGACUAGAACCGGCUGGAUCGCCGUCGCGAAUCCCCGUCUCCGGCUCGCCGCAACGAUCGGAGAUAUCGAGAAGGAAGCAGCAUCCCGGAAACGAUGGGAAAGCCGUUGCACCUGAUUGUAAUAUUACAGCCAGUGUCGUCCGCGCUCGCUUACAAGUACGAUCCUUGGUAUCGCGCGGACACGCAGCGUCCGGUUGACGUCAUCACCGACGUCGUCAACGAGCUCGGGGUGAGGAUCCUUCAGCAAUAUUUGACACGUGGAAACGUCGCGUUCUCACCCACUGGGGUUGCCUUCGUGCUGGCGGCGCUCUACGAGGGGUCCGCGGGCAGAGGAGGUCAACAAAUCGCCGAGGCAAUGGGCCUGCCAGCCAACAGGGAUGUUACCAGGAUCGGUUUCAGGGACAUUCACCGACGAUUGCGAAGCUACCUUAACGCGGAUGGCUUCCUGGGCGGGCUGACGCUGAGCAGAGAGAACACCAGACUCCGUCCCGAGUAUGAAGACAUUCUGAGGUUUUACGGCUUCGAUCUGUCGAGUAUUGAACAAGAAGCGAACGUUACCGUUAGCAGAGGAGACUCGUCAGGCGCAACCGAACUUCCGACGUCCACGCUCCCAGCAGGGAUGAUAAGCACUGGCAAUGUGCCGGACAUUACGACGACGAUGUUAACGGGUGCCAUCACGACGCUUCCUCCGGCUGGUGCGGAGACAACGGGCGUCCCAACGACCGUGGCAGGCGUUACUCAGCAAACUGUCACGAUGGCAGCAACGGGUGCGACCGACGUGCAAUCGACAUUGACUCCGGUCACCGGUGUCGGAACAGUUGUUCAGAACACGUCGCCGGCAGAAUCGGCGAGUUCAACGCCGGCUACUUCCGGCGAAAGUGUCCAGCCGACUCUGCCCGCUGGUACGGAAACUGCCGCGGGUUCGCCGAAUACGAUUACGCCGAUGACAAACGCGGGCAACCAAACGAUUCCCACUACGACCGUCACCGUCGACGGCAAUCAGGGUCCGCAAACUUCCUCGACGGUCGCCGGCGAUACUGAGACAAGUGCCAGCGUUUCCAACGAGAGCGUUCAAGUGCCGACGGGCGCGAGUAUGGCAGCUGCGACCGAUGCUGGCACGACGGUAUCGACGAGUACCAAUGUGCAGACACCCUCGUCUCUCGCUACCGAGGUACCAGCGACGGCAAAUACGCUGAGCCCGGACUCGCCGGCUACGAUCGCCGCAGGCGCGAGUACCGACGCACUGGCGGCUGCGAGCGCGAUCAUCGAUAGCAUGACACCCGCUAAUACGUCUGCACCAAACGCGACCUUGAGUACCGUUGCCAUGAAUUCGUUAACCACUGUGGUACCAACGAACCUGAGUAGCGCGACUAUCUCGAGUCCCGUUACCGAAACGACGACGACGAACGGCGUUAUGUCGCAAUCGAGCACCGAGACGACGGAUACUCCGGGAAUGACCGCUGCGAGUGACCCCGCGAUGACGAUGGCCGACUUCGACGGCGCUGUCGCAGCCAAUUCCGCGACGACCGUGGUACCGCCUGCUCCGGGAACGAACGCGAGCAAUCCCGCCGGAAAUAACUCCGCGAUCGCGAAUUCUACGAUGGACGCGGCGGACAAUCAACCGGCCGCGUCUCUCGUAGACGAAAAUAUGAUUUCGAUGGAUCGAAAGAGGAAAGAUCUGACGGAUACAAUUAACAGCAGUACCGUUAAAGACGAGGAGUCAACGGACGGUUCGCCGGAUCUUCGCAAACGCGAGGCGAGAAGCCCGCGCGGAUACUUUUCCAGCUACCCAGACGAAGGUAUCUGGAUGCAGGAUCUAGAGAUUUGGAAGACGCAGUAUAACACGGUAAACCCGGGUGAGUCCUCCAUCGGAGAUUCAUCCGCGGAGAUGUCGUUUUUAGUGAAUGGCUGCGACAUUUCCUCGGUAUCGGCUUCGAGAUACAUCGCCGUGUUGCCCUUCGCGUACUUUCCAUCGUUGCAGGCUGUCGCGCUCGAAUUUCCUUUGGACGACCCUCGAUACAACAUUAUACUUUUCAUGCCCACGGAUAAAACGGACACGCAUCGUCUGGCGAGGGAUCUCGGCGGAAAGUCAUUGAGAUUGUUGAGGAAGCGAUUACAGCCUACUUGGGUCAGGGCCACUAUACCUUCGUUCAUGCUACGUGGUUUCGUCACACUGACGUCAUUUCUGCAAAGGCUGGGAAUCGUGGAUGUGUUCGAGCCGAGAGUGGCCGAUUUAUCGCCCAUGACAUCCGAUCUCGGCGUAUACGCCAGGGAUGUGCAACAGAGUAUAGGGGUCAAUAUAAGGAAUUAUAUGAAACCCGACCGGACCCAUUCUCGUGAGUCGCCUAAUGUCGUUCCACCUCGAAGGGACUAUUAUCGAUAUCUGCCGCCAGGCAAUGGUCUGUUUGAGAGAGCCGGACCCGAGCCCUUUACAGCUUUGCAUCCUUUCCUUUAUUUUAUCGUCGACACCGAGACUUCAGUGAGUUUAAUUGCCGGUCGAGUGGACGAUCCGCUUAAUUCAAGAAUAUUGUAGGAACGUGAUUUACAUCGCUAAGAUUUAAAUAAACACUCAUUUAUUUGACGAUACUUAUAAAUAAUUCUAUAAUGUGGACUUCUCCUAUUAGCUCGCACACAAUUAUUAUCAAGUACACGCAAUUAAUAUUGUGCUCUGUACAAAUUCCUAUUUGUAAAUAAAGAAAUAUAAAGGA